AUGAGCCGGAAGAGGAACCCUGAACGCGUAUGUUUGGCUCAACGUGAAUACAACUUUUAAGGUUGUAAACAAUCGCCUCUGUUUUUCUCCUUCAAACACCAACUAACUCCUCUAUAUUAUCACCGCGGCUCCAGACGUGAAGAUGUUCAACAGACAGACGAGCCUGUGGAUGGGGGACUUGGACCCAUACAUGGAUGAGGACUUCAUCAAGCAGGCCUUUAGUGCCAUGGGAGAGACGCCAUUUGGAGUCAAGAUCAUAACUCACAGGAUAACAGGUGGUUCUGCAGGAUACUGCUUUGUGGAGCUGGCAGAUGAGUCAAGUGUUGACCGCUCCGUUCAAAGACUGAAUGGAAAACUGGUUCCAGGAUCAAAUCCGCCCCGGAAGUUUAAGCUAAACUAUGCCACCUACGGGAAACGGCCAGAGGCAGGGCCAGAGUUUUCAGUAUUUGUAGGCGACUUGGCCUCUGAGGUGGACGACUUCCAGCUACACCAGGUUUUUAAGAAGUAUACUUCCUGCAAAGGAGCCAAAGUCGUCACCGACCAGUACGGAUACUCCAGAGGUUAUGGUUUCGUCAAGUUCGGGGAGGAGACCGAGCAGAAGAAGGCGAUAGAGGAGUGCCAGGGAACAAUGCUCGGUGGAAAGCCGCUCAGACUCAGUAUUGCUGUGGCAAAGAGCCAGAAGAUGAGCAGCUACCACGGGGGCCAGGGCCAGAACUACCACAGCAACUACAACCAGUCUCAGUCCAGUUACUACGGCAGCCAAAGCGGCGGGGGUCAGGGGGGUUACUACCCUCAGUGGGGGGGCUACGAUCAGUACAGUGGCUAUAACAACAGUGGAUACAACAAUGGAUACAACAGUGGCUACAACUAUGGGCCCUAUGGAUACCCUCCACCAGGCCAAAUUAUGCCACCUCCUCCCACGGGGAUGCCACCCGCGUCCACAGACACUUCAGGAGCUGUAGAGAGCCAUGAGGAGGCUGAGGAUUUAGAGGAGGAUAAUGCAGAAGACCCAACCUCUGCCUGCGAUGUGGACCAGUGGAACAAAGACUUCAUGCAGCGCAGCGAGGAGCUGUACGACGCCAUAAUGGACUGUCAAUGGGACUCUGUUGACUCCACCAUCACCUUCAUUCCUUGAUAACUUCUUUAUUUUCUCCUCGGAUUCUCCCAAACCCUUGAAUACUUUUCUUUUUCUACGCCAUUAUAGUCUUGAUCGAAAGCUACACUGACGCCUUAUAAAGGCCACUUUAGAAUUACAUGUACCUCUUCAGAUCCUUAAAGUGCAUAAACCUUCACUAGAUUUGAAUGUUUACCAUGUUGGUAAUAUACAGAAGGUGGCUCAAUAAUCAGAGAGGUUACUGUGUGGUUCAUGCCAUUCAGUAAGAAUUUAUUAGUGUAAGGAUGAAGUGCUGGCGUUGCCCUUUCUGCUGUGGACUGCUAUAGUAGCUGCAGCAAGGUAAACUGAACGCUGUGUAAAUCUAGCUGCUUUCACUCGUGAACUUGCAUCAACAGAAACAUGUUUGUUUACAGGUCAUGAACCUUGGCCUGUAUCAUGACAUUUGCCUCUUUUUCAUCCUGAGAUAAUUAUAUUUUUAGUUUUUAACCAUGCGUUGUGUCCUUUGUGUUAUAAAGCGUUUCAUCAAGGCACCCACCCACUUAAAGGUUUUACUAAGGGCCUGGCAGGAAAAACUCCGGAGAUUGUCCGGAGCCUCUAGCUGGGACAUCAUGUCACCAUUUAAUGUCACAGAGGAACAAAUGCAACUUGUCACUUAUUGUUUGUGGAUCCAUGUUGAAAUGGUCUCACCACUAGAUGUUAACUUUGCUCAGUGAAUAUGGCCCAAGCUCUUUAGGUAGUAAAUUAAAACUAUGCCUUUAUUGUCAUUUGCCAUGAAUUAUAAUAGAUUUUUAUAUGCGUCAGUCUGUCUUGUUGUUUUUAUUUUUAAUGAAGGAACUGUCCUGGGCUUGUGAAUUUAAAAAUUCUCAGAUUUAAUGAACAUUAUCUGGGUCAAGUUGUGUAAAAAAACAUUGACACAUGUUGAUAUUGAGUUUACCAAACAGGUAUUAAACCGAAGUAUAAUUUAUGACUGUUUUUCCAGACAAAGAACUUUCUUUUCUGUUUAACAGCUGAAUGGUACAACCUCCCAAAUCUUCUAAGCGCUGUGAAACUGUGUCAUGAUUUUGUGAGGUAGACAGUUGAAUUGCUGUAGCAGAUGUUUUGUAUGUUUUCUUUGUGAAGACAUUCUAUGGGGGAAAAAAAGGAGGCAAUGGUUUUGUGUCUUCUUUUUUAGAGAAGUAAAGACUAAUGUGUUUCUCUUGA